AUGAAACAAGAGGAGAAUACGCUAUUUCGACUAGAUCUUUUACAGUGUAAAUUUGAAGGUUUGGAUCCUCCACGAUUUCACAAAACAUCUCAGAUCUGUCAUUCGAGGAACAACCAAUUCAAGCUAUUAAGUGUGAGUCAAGAAGAGGCACAGAAUUUGAUCAAGCAGUACCAAAGGGAACAGUUUGAAAGCAAAUUUAAUGAAUUUAAUGAGAAGCUGGCGAGACUUGCUAAGAAGCUUUUAAAGAUAGAGAAAAAACGCAGUGGAAAGUUCAGCAAAGAGAGCUUAGAGAUGGAGAGUAAUGAAGAGAUCAUGAAGAAGUGUGUCAGGGCAAAGACUGUGAGGACGAUCGCUAAGAUAUACAAGAGGAAGAUCAAGGAGAAAUCGGAGAUAAUACCCAGUGCUUUCUAUGAGGACUUGAAGAGUAUACAAGAGAGUACUUCAAAGGAUAUGGAGAGUCUUUUUUCGGUAUUGUAUGGAAAGGAAGAAGCAAGAGUUUGCAUAGAGAAGAUGAGAGUUCAAUUUAAGUUGAUACUUGGACCGGUGAGGAAGCAGGUGAGGCCUGAGGGGGAUGUGGUGAGGAAGCAGGUGAAGCCGCAAGAAGAGUCCAAGGAGUCAUCAGACGAGUCCUCAGACAAGUCCUCAGACAAGUCCUCAGACCAGCCGCAAGAAGAGUCACAAGAAGAGUCCCAGGAGUUCUCAGACGAGUCCCAUGACACCAAAGUCGAGUCCUCAGACGAGUCCUCAGAUGAGUCCUCAGACAAAUCUUCAGACAAAUCCUCAGACGAGCCGCAAGAAGAGUCGCAAGAAGAGUCCCAGGAGUUCUCAGACGAGUCCCAUGACACCAAAGUCGAGUCCUCAGACGAGUCCCACGAGCCCCAGGGGCCCCCCGACGACUUCUUUAUUGACCCAAUAUCCUCCAAGAAAAUCAUGCUUCCCGCAUUAGCUACAGGUUAUUAUUCGGGUGAUGAAAGUGAAGAAGAACUUGAACAAGCUGAUAGAGAUGCGGAUGUUAAAACUGUUACUGCGAAUAAAAGAAAGAACAGAAGAGGUCAAAGAGCAAGAAGAAAGAUCUGGGAAGAGAAGUAUGGUAAAAAUGCGAAACAUGUGAUUAAAGAAAGAGAAGAAUGGCAUUCCAAACAGCAGAGAUUGAAAGUAGAAUAUGACGCCAGAGUAGUUAAAAGAGUCCAGAAAGAGAAAGAAAGAGAAGAUAGAAAGAGAAAGAGAUAUGAAGAAGAGAAGGAGGUGGAAAGGAGGAGAAGAGCACCUUUACAUCCAUCUUGGCUUGCCAAGAAGAAGGCUGAAGACGACUUUGCACAUCUUAAGUUCACUGGAAAGAAGAUGAAGUUUGAGUAA